AAAAGCAAAGGUAACUUUGAAAUGAAAAAGUGCUGUAGCCAUGGCUUCGAUCAGAGCUGUGGCCUUUGAGGGCAUUAGUGAUGUCGAAUCCAUCGUUGGCGGCGAUGGCUACAGUGUGUAUUGCUCGACUAGUUGUUGCUCCAUUUCUAGGACCUGGUUGAGCUGUGAUUGCUAACAGUAACAGCAACAAGGAAACCAGAACAAAUCAAUAGCUGUGUCACUUAGCCGAUCUUUUGUUCUGCCUGUAGAAGCCAGCUACGCCGAAUAAAACUGCAGCGUCGUUGCCUGCAACUCCUGAGCGACAAAAUGCAGCUGAAAGUUUUCUUAAAAUUUUGGAUACUUUGCCAGAUUUCGGCCUAGCUAUUUAAUGUUCUACCUUAUCUUUGAACCUUAAGUAUGUUUAAUUGAAUGUGUAUGAUAUUGUGAAAAACGUAAUUUACGUAUUCUCCUUGAUCGAGUACCUUGUUCAUGACGUUGCUGUGUCUCAUUCUUACCUCGAACUUGGAAAAUGGAAAAAAGCGGAGUGACUCCGCGGUACAAGCUCUUUACUAUUGCUGCUUUUUGACCACGAGAACGUCGAUGGAGCAUGUCUCAAGCAUAAUACCCGAAUUGCAAAAUGAUGAACAUACAUAGAAGGUACAACAAGUUAUUGCUAGGGGAGCACCUUGGUAAAUUCCCUGUUCCUCUAUUGAUGAACACUAUUCAUUUCUCCAUGCAAGCCAUUAUAUCAUCACUCCUUGUACAUUUUUGGUGUGGAAAAACCCAAAGUCAUAUUCGAAUGACAUGGAAGGAUUAUUUCAUUAGAGUGGUUCCAACAGCUGUCGCAACUGCAUUGGGUAUUGACCUGAGCAACAUCUCCAUUGUAGUUAUUUCUAUUUCUUUUGCUACCAUGGUCAAAUCUGGAGCACCUGUAUUUCUUCUCCUCUUUGCGUUUGCUUUCAAGUUGGAAGUGCCCAGUUUUAAGCUAAUGGGAAUCAUUGUAGUGAUCUCCUUGGGGGUGUUGCUCACUGUUGCAAAGGAGACUGAGUUUGAAAUUCGUGGAUUCAUUCUCGUGUUGUUGGCAACUGUUAUGUCGGGUUUUCGGUGGACCGUGACACAGCUUCUCCUGCAGAGAGAAGAAUAUGGUUUGAGCAACCCGUUUGCAGCAAUGAGUUACCUUACACCCGUUAUGGCUAUUAUUACUCUUAUAUUCUCAUUGGUUUUAGAGCCCUGGCACAAGCUUGGUGAGACGGCUCACUUUGAUACCCCACGUCAUUUAUUUGAUAGCUGUGCGCUGAUGCUGCUUGGAGCACUCGCUUUUUUCAUGGUUAUGGCUGAGUACUUUCUGAUCGCUGAGACAAGUGCGGUGACUCUGACCAUUGCUGGUGUCGUUAAGGAGGUUGUGACCAUCGUGGUUGCUGUCUUCGUUUUCAAAGAUGAGUUCACGUGGCUGAAGGGCAUGGGUUUGGUUGUCAUCUUCAUUGGUGUUAGUCUCUUCAACUGGUUCAAGUACCAGAAGCUGGUCGAAGGGGGUCUAGGUGACCAUACGCUUGAAGACAAUCGAAGUUCUCCCAAGUAUGCGGUUGUCGACGAUGAAACCGCCGAAACCUUUGAACUUGAAGAUGACGUUGAUCACGUAUUGUAACAUCGUACGAGAGGUUAUGCUCCACCGGUCUAACGCUCACAGGUUUCAGCACCGUGUUUGCAAAUUUAUCUUUAAUUAAAUUCUUGGCAAGUCCAAGAGAUUAUUUUGCAAGGCAUUCCUUUUGGAUCAAUUUUGUUAAUAAUUUGGGAACUGCUGCAAUGAGCAGAGACGUGCGGGAGCAGUUAAGUCAGGUUUCGAGAAAGAAUCCCGCUUUCAUCAUACGAACUUGAAUAUGGUCAGCUAGUGGAGGUGGCAGGAAUCUCAGUUACAUAGAGCCUUAAUCAUGAUAUUUGUGUUCCAUAGCUCACAAUUAGCGUCUUCGACAGAGGCCAUUCAAGAGCUCAGUUAAGAUGGGUUUAUUAUUGUCGGCAGCUUGUUGCCACAAUUGUGCAUGAAAACACUCUUGGUGUCAUCGCACUUGAUGACGGACUCCAAGCAUUCCAAGAUCCGUGCCUCCGAUGACGAUGCGUUUUCAUCCUCACCAGUGUAUCUUCUCCUGAUCAGUAUGACCGUUCUUCACUGAAAGUGUCGAAUGCGUAAUCUCCUAAAAUUCUCGAGUACUCGAAGUUACUGGCAAGGUGACUAGCAUUAGCGACGUCAGCGGGAAAUUAUCGUCAUCUACUUAGCUGUUGGGCAUAAUGUUCAAGGCCCUUCAAUAGUUUACGACUGUGAGAUUGUGUAGCAAAUAUAACUGAGGAAGUGAGCAUCGAAGCAAGAGCAUGUCUACACUAAUCGAGGAGUUUGUGAGGAGCACGCUGGCUCCCGGUGUUUUGCAUUCUCGUGGCGGCAAUCCCUAAUUUUGUUCUUUAAUUCGAUUCAUUCACAUGUUGAAAAAGUACA